AUGGAGCCGCUGGCUUUCCCCCGGCGCCCCGGCCCGGCUCCCGCCGCCGCCUCCGCGCUGGCCGCCGAGCUUGCCCGGCCCCGGGCCGACGGGCUCAUCAAGUCGCCCAAGCCCCAGAUGAAGAAGCAGGCGGUCAAGCGGCACCACCACAAGCACAACCUGCGCCACCGCUACGAGUUCCUCGAGACCCUGGGCAAGGGCACCUACGGGAAGGUGAAGAAGGCGCGGGAGAGCUCGGGGCGCCUGGUGGCCAUAAAGUCAAUCCGGAAAGACAAAAUCAAAGAUGAGCAAGACCUGAUGCACAUCCGGCGAGAGAUAGAGAUCAUGUCGUCACUCAACCAUCCCCACAUCAUUGCCAUCCACGAAGUGUUUGAGAACAGCAGCAAGAUUGUGAUCGUCAUGGAGUACGCCAGCCGGGGUGACCUGUAUGACUACAUCAGCGAGCGGCAGCGGCUCAGUGAGCAGGACGCCCGCCAUUUCUUCCGCCAGAUCGUCUCUGCCGUGCGCUACUGCCACCAGAAUGGGAUUGUCCACCGAGAUCUCAAGCUAGAGAACAUCCUCUUAGAUGCCAAUGGAAAUAUUAAGAUCGCAGACUUCGGCCUCUCCAACCUCUACCACCAGGGCAAGUUCCUGCAGACGUUCUGCGGGAGCCCCCUGUACGCCUCGCCGGAGAUCGUCAAUGGGAAGCCCUACACGGGCCCAGAGGUGGACAGCUGGUCCUUGGGGGUCCUUCUGUACAUCCUGGUGCAUGGCACCAUGCCCUUUGACGGGCAGGACCAUAAGACACUGGUGAGACAGAUCAGCAAUGGGUCCUACCGGGAGCCACCUAAACCCUCUGAUGCCUGUGGCCUGAUCCGGUGGCUAUUAAUGGUGAACCCCACCCGCCGGGCCACCCUGGAGGAUGUGGCCAGCCACUGGUGGGUAAACUGGGGCUAUGCCACCCGUGUGGGGGAGCACGAGGCUCCGCUCGAGGGAGGGCCCCCUGGCAGCGACUCCGGCCGGGCCUCCGUGGCCGACUGGCUCCGGCGGUCCUCCCGGCCUCUCCUGGAGAACGGGGCCAAGGUCUGCAGCUUCUUUAAGCAGCACACGCCCGGAGCGAGCAUCGGCCCCGGCCUGGAGCGCCAGCAUUCACUGAAGAAGUCCCGCAAAGAGAACGACAUGGCCCAGUCUCUCCAGGGGGACCCAGCUGACGACCCCUCCGUUCGCCCUGGCAGGGGCAACCUCAAGCUGCCGAAGAGCAUCCUCAAGAAGAAGGCACCAACUGUGGAAGGGGCAAGGGGAGACCCUGAGCCCGGCCCAGGCCCCAUGGACCCAGGACAGGCUGCCCCCCUGCUCCCCAAGAAGGGCAUCCUCAAGAAGCCUCGGCAGCGGGAAUCUGGCUACUACUCCUCUCCUGAACCCAGUGAGUCUGGGGAGCUCCUGGACGCAGGAGAUGUGUUCAUGAGUGCGGACUCCGAGGAGCAGAAGCCCCCCCAAGUCCCGGGGCUGCCCCUCCAUCGCAAAGGCAUCCUCAAACACAAUGGCAAGUUCUCCUGCACAGCCCUGGAGCUCCCGACCCCCUCCACCUUCGGCUCCCUGGAUGAACUCGCCUCCCCUCACCCGCUGGCCCGGGCCAGCCACCCCUCAGGAGCUAUGAGUGAGGACAGCAUCCUGUCUUCUGAGUCCUUCGACCAGCUGGACUUGCCCCAACGGCUCCCUGAGCCUGUGCUGCGGGGCUGCGUGUCCGUGGACAACCUUAUGGGGCUCGAGGAGCCCCCGGCAGAGGGCCCUGGAAGCAGGGGCCUGAGGCGCUGGUGGAGGGAGUCCCUGGGGGAUAGCUGCUUUUCCCUGACAGACUGCCAGGAGGUGACCGAAGCCUACCGCCAAGCCCUGGGGGUCAGCUCAAAGCUCAGCUGAGGGGGGAGAGGGCACUGCCCCACCCCAGGCAGGUUCUAAAAUGCAGCUGGCUGCACCCUGAGGGGAGACUGCCACCAGCCCCACCUCCCAGUGGGAGACCAGCCUCCUGGCCAGGAAGACUGAGGUGGUUUGCAGUUGAACCCUAGAGAGGGCUGGAUGGGCAGUGGACAAAUAAAGCACAUGGAAGGUUCCAGGUCUUCUACCCUGUGAAACAGAGAAGAUAGUAAAGGGGAAGCUAGCAGAUAGAGAGUGGAGGGGAAGGCCCGGGGCCUGUUCAGAUUUCCCCCUUCCUUGUUCACGCAGUAGGGCCACAGAGGUCAGGAAAGAGUGCCCUCUCUGUGCCAGUCUCCUUCUUGCAGUAAGUUUUGUGCAUGGUGACUUCCUGCCAAGGCGAGGAUGGAAGAUCUUCAUGUACAGGUCCCAUCCCCACCUACCAUUAGAACUGGAAUGGGGCACCCCCGUGUGCCUGGGGUGUCCUGGGAGUGGUCUUCUCCCGGAUACCCUUCCUUCUUUAUCUCAGAGGUUGUGUUCUCUUACUGUUGUCUCCUCAAAGGUUCUCUCCCCUUUCCCAUCCUUCAAACCUGGCCCAAGCCUCCUGGACUCGCUGCUAGGAAUCUAAAAGACUUGAAAAGGCUCAGGCUGCUGCUAAUGGACUUCAUCUCACCGGGCCCAGAUUCCCCUGGAGCCCACCUUGGAC